AUGCCGCUCAGCGACCAGAUGAAAAGCCCACCCUGCAGGCACCUCCUAAUCUUUAUUCUCUCCCAAUUCAUAACCGCCUUCUGUUUGUUUGUUUACAUUCGGCCCUCCAGGGACCCCAGCCCACAGCUCUGGGCUGGCAAUCCUUCUUCAGUCACAGUCCAGCCUGGUAAUAACCCCACAGCUCCAGAGGCUGGUUUGGAGCUGACCAUCCUCCUGUGGACCUGGCCCUUUGGGCACCCUGUUGCUCUGCAAAAAUGCUCUGAGCUCUUUGCCAUCCGGGACUGUCACAUCACGGCCAACCGUAGCUGGUUCCAUAAGGCCAAUGCAGUGAUUGUGCAUCACAGGGACGUGUGCUCCAGCCCAAAGAAACUGCCCCAGGGCCCACGGCCCCCUUCCCAGCACUGGAUCUGGUUCAACUUGGAGUCCCCCAGCCACAGCCCUAACCUGGGCUUCAUGGAUAACCUCUUCAACCUGACCAUGUCUUACCGGAGGGACUCUGAUAUCUUCACCCCUUACGGGUGGCUGGAGGUCCUCAGCCAGCCCCAGAACUUCAGCAUCCCAGCCAAGUCCAAGCUGGUGGCCUGGGUGGUGAGUAACUGGAACCCAGCCUCCCACCGGGUGCAAUACUAUGAGGAACUGAAGAAAUACCUCCAUGUGGAUAUAUACGGCAGCCAUCACAUGUCUCUGCCCCGGGACAAGCACUUCUCCACCCUGUCCCAGUACAAGUUCUACCUAGCCUUUGAGAACUCGCUUCAUGAGGACUACAUCACCGAGAAGCUCUGGAACAACGCCCUGGGCUCAGGGGCUGUGCCUGUUGUUUGCGGCCCCCCCCGAAAAAACUACGAGCACUUUCUGCCCCCCGAUGCCUUUAUUCACAUUGAUGACUUUUCCAAUGCUCAAGGGCUGGCCCAGUAUCUCCAGGAGCUGGACAAGGACCCAGCACGCUACCAGCGCUACUUCCAGUGGCGAACAUGGUUAAAACCAUCCAAGCAAAGUUCCUGGCCCAUCCACUUCUGCAAAGCCUGCCGGGCCUUGCAAAUGACAGAGACCUACCAGACCAGGCCUGGUCUGGCCAAGUGGUUCCGCUAGGAGUUACA